GAACUGCUCCCAUGCCCCCCAUUUAUUACAAAAUCACACUCUCUCUCUCUCUCUCUCUCUCUCUACCCAUCAACCCCAUUUUCUUCCACUGUUCUCAGAAGAAGAAAGCUCAGCUCUCUUAUCAUCUGGAGAUCGCUCCGAUCAUUUCACCUUCCAUUUGAUUCCAUGCUGAGACACUGAAGCGUGAUUUCUUCAUCUGGCGGAGGAUCGAGCCAGCUGCUGCAGAGUUUCAGGUUUAAGUUGAUUGACUGACACAUUAUCAUAGUGGGAUCUGUUUCGGCUUGACGAAAUGCUGGGAGGGAACAAAGUUAAUCCCAUGCUUCCGUUUUUGGCCGAUGAUAAUCGAUACCAGUAUCAGAACAAUGCAUCAAAUCAGCUGCAGCUAUUUGAAAGUGUUCCUGCCACAUGUAGCGUCAACCCCGUACAUUACGUAUCAAAGGACAAUAUCAUGUCCAUGCUUCAGGCGAGUAAACAAGGCAGAGAAGUGGACGAGGCCUCACAACAGCAAAAGCUCCAAUUUUCCCUAAAUCACAACCUCCGGGACGAGUUCGAUCGUGCAGCAGCUAUUCCUCCUCCAAAUCCUGUAUCUACAGGACUAAGGCUAUCUUACGAUGAUGAUGAGCAUAAUUCUUCCAUCACUUCUGCUAGUGGAAGCAUGACAGCAACUCCAUCCAUCAUUAUGUCCAUUGAUGAACGUAUAAGGACUGAGCUUGAUCGCCAAAACGAAGAAUUCAAUCGGUUCAUGAGACUUCAGGAAGAGUACCUUAUGAAGGGAGUAAGAGACAUAAAGGAGAGGCACAUAGCUUCUUUCCUAUCUGCCAUAGAGAGAGAAGUCAACAAGAAGCUACAUGAAAAAGACAUGGAGAUAGAGAACAUGAAUCGGAGGAACCGAGAGCUCGGGGAGAGAAUAAAGCAGGUUGCCAUGGAAGUUCAAAACUGGCAAUACCGAGCUAAGUACAAUGAGUCAGUAGCUAAUGUCCUCAAGACCAAUCUUCAACAGGCGAUCUCGAUGGGAGCUGAUCAGGGAAAGGAAGGGUUUGGAGACAGUGAAGUUGAUGAUGCAGCUUCAUACAUCAACCUUCAUAACAACACCAUGAGCUCUGACCGAGGCUUCAAGGAACAUAUGGUCUGCAAAGCCUGCAAGCUUUAUGAGGUUUCCGUCCUGUUGAUGCCUUGCAGGCAUUUGUGCUUGUGUAAAAAUUGCGAUGGAUUAGUCAGCGUCUGCCCCGUGUGCCGAUUAAUGGUAACUGAUUGUGUCCCAGUGUACUUGUCCUGAGAUGUUAAAAGUAAAUUACAUCACUUCAAUGAUAAUUUAUGUAUACUCUUGCAAAUUGCUAGUAACUACUAGAAGAAGAAGAGACUUCAUGAUCCAUUGGUAUGUUGACCAAUAUAAGAGGCUAGUGAACCACCAUAUUAUCUUA